CAAGGAGACCCGGGACAGCACCAUGGGCGGCCUCGGGCUCUGGCUGCUCUGUGCACUGUGGCUCCAGGCCAUUGCGCUCAGCCCGUCCUUGCCCCCCGUGGAGCAGUAUGAGGUGGUGUGGCCCAAACGUCUGCCUGGACCCCGCACCCGCCGAGCUCUGCCCUCCCACAGGGGCCUGUACCCUGAGAGUGUGAGCUAUGUCCUUGGGGCCGGAGGACACACCUUCACCCUGCACCUGCGGAUAAACAGGGACCUGCUGGGCGUGGGCUACACAGAGACUUAUUCAGCUGCCAAUGGCUCUGAGGUGACAGAGCAGUGGCAUGGGCAGGACCACUGCCUCUACCAGGGUCACGUGGAGGGUCACCAGAGCUCUGCUGCUAGCCUCAGUACAUGUGAUGGCCUCAGGGGCUUCUUCCGGGUGGGCUCUGCCAUCCAUGUGAUCGAGCCUCUAGAUGGAGGUGGUGAGGAGGGGCAGCAUGCAGUGUACCAGGCCAGGCACCUGCAGCAGAAGGCUGGGACUUGUGGGGUCAGCGAUGCCAGCCUGGACAACCUUCUGGGGCCUCGGGUCUCAGCAGCCUUCAGGCCUCAGCCCCGGAACUGGCCCCUGUCCCGAGAUACCCGCUAUGUGGAGCUAUAUGUGGUCACAGACAGCAAGGAGUUCCAGCAGCUGGGGAGCAGAGAGGCCGUGCGCAGGCGUGUGCUGGAGGUGGUGAACCAUGUGGACAAGUUCUAUCAGGAGCUCAAUUUCCGUGUGGUAUUGGUGGGCCUGGAGAUCUGGAGCAGGGACAAGGUCCCCAUCAGCCCCCAUGCCAACAUCACCCUGGAGAACUUCCUUUCCUGGCGGGCACAGGACCUGAUGAGGAGACACCCCCAUGACAAUGUGCAGCUCAUCACGGGGGUCGACUUUACCGGGACCACCGUGGGACUGGCUCAGGUGUCUGCCCUGUGCUCUCGGGCCUCAGGGGCUGUGAAUCAGGACCACAGCCAGAACCCUAUUGGCGUGGCAUCCACCAUGGCCCAUGAACUGGGCCACAACCUGGGCAUGAACCAUGACGAGAAUGUCCAGGGAUGCUACUGCCCCGUGCCGCGGGAGGGUGGUGGCUGCAUCAUGGCGGCCAGCAUUGGCUCCAAGUUCCCCAGGACGUUCAGCAGGUGCAGCAGGACUGACCUAGAGAUGUUUCUGGAGAAACCCCAGACGGGCUGCCUGGCCAAUGCCCCUGACCCUGACCGGCUGGUGGGAGGCCCUGUGUGUGGGAACAUGUUUGUGGAGCGUGGGGAGCAGUGUGACUGUGGCACUCCCCAGGACUGUCAGAACCGCUGCUGCAAUGCCACAACAUGCCAGCUGGCUGAGGGGGCCAAGUGUGCCCAUGGCACCUGCUGCCACGAGUGCAGGGUGAAGCCAGCUGGUGAGCCAUGCCGCCCCCAGAGGGACCAGUGUGACCUGGAGGAGUUCUGCGAUGGCCAGAGUCCAGCGUGCCCAGAGGAUGUCUUCCAGGAGAACGGCACACCCUGUCCUGGGGGCUACUGCUUUAAUGGGCAGUGCCCCACACUGGCCCAGCGGUGCCAGGAACUGUGGGGUCCAGGUGCACAGGUUGCUGCAGACACCUGCUUCUCCUUCAGCAUCUCUCCAGGCUGCAGAGACAGGAUCACCCCCAGCAUGGGCAGGGCCGACAGAUGUGGGGUCCUGUACUGUGCAGGGGGCCGGCAGCCCCCAGAGCGCAGCUCCUGUACACUCAGUUCCUACUCGGGCAAUUGCCAAGCUCUGCGCAUGGACAGCGAGGCCUCUGCCUAUGAGCCUGUGCCCCAGGGCACCAGGUGUGAUAAGGGGAAGAUUUGCUGGGAAGGGCGCUGCCAAGACCUCCAGGUCUACAGAUCCAAGAACUGCUCCGCCCAGUGCCACAACCAUGGGGUGUGCAACCACAAGAGGGAAUGUCACUGCCACGUGGGCUGGGCACCGCCCCACUGUGCGGAGCUACUGACAGACAUGCAGGCAGCACCUGGGAGUCUCCUGGUCAGCGUGCUGGUGCCCCUAGUGCUCCUGAUGGCCAUGCUGGCCACCCUGGCAGGCGUCAUCAUACACCGCAAGGUCUGGAGCCGUGUCCCCAGGAGGAGUGUAGCACCCAAGACCACCAUGGGGCUCUCCAACCCCCUGUUCCAGGAGGCAGGCAGCAGUGGGCCAACCAAGGGCAGGCCUCCAGGGCCCCCAAAGCUGGUGUCUACCACGCACCCCAGCCAGCCCGUCAGAGCCACUGUGGCCCCAAAGAGGCUGCCCCCUGCACCUCCAGUCAUGUCCAGUCCACCCUUCCCAGUCCCUAUCUACCCACAGAAGGCACCAGACCAGCUCAGACCUGCUCCACCCACCAAGCCCCUCCCAAAGCUGAAGCCCAAGCAGCCUGUCAAGCCAACCUCUGCACCCCCGUUGCCACCUGUCAAGCCCAGUGCUGGAGAGACCACACCUGGAAUGACUCAGGGGGUCAAAGGCCCCAAAGUCGCGCUGAAGCCCGCCGUCCGAAGGUGACAAGGGCGCCGGCCCAGUGUCCAGCCACUGCACAAGUCUGGAGAGGCACUUCGGAACCAAGCGCUGGCAUCCCGGGCUC